UGGGAAGGCAAGGCCAAGGUAAUUGGGAGAUGACCAGGUGUCCACUCCAUAAUCCGCACCUCAAGCUAUAUUUCGCUGGCCAUUCCCUUAUUUGCAAAAAACAAAAGAAAGACAAAAAGAAAACCCAUACAUUUUCUUUUUGUUCUUUGAAUCUAUCUGCAACUAGCCCAGGAGGUUGAUAAUCGAAGAAAAAUGGUUCAAGUGAAGGAAUUCCGAAUUGUGAUGCCUAUGUCCUUGGAAGAGUAUCGAGUGGCUCAAGCGUACAUGGUAUUGAAGAUGCAGCAGCAGAGUACAAAUGAGGCUGAAGGCGUUGAAGUCUUGGAGAAAAGACCUUUUGAAGAUGAUUUAUAUGGAAAAGGUCAAUACACUUCCAAAUUAUACCGUUUGCAGAGCAAAGCACCUUCUUGGCUUACGACUUUAGCACCUAAAGCUGCUCUCGUCAUGGAAGAGGAAUCUUGGAAUGCAUACCCAAGAUGUAAAACAGUGAUCAAGUGCCCUUACUUUGCCAAGCUUUGUGUCACGAUCGAAACAGUCCAUCUGGAAAACAAUGGCAAAUCCGAAAAUGUGCAUGGUUUAAAUCAAGAACAACUGAAAGCUAGACAGGUAGAAUCCAUCGAUAUCACUUCACCGACAACAGAUUACUGGAGUUAUGCGGUUGGAAGUUGUGAUUUUGACUUUACCAAAUUCAAAUCUGAAAAAACCGGCCGCGGUCCACUUUUGGAAGGAUGGCAGGACAAAUGUGAUCCAGUAAUGACAGCGUAUAAAUUGGUUACAAUAAAUGCUCCAUAUUGGGGAUUCGGUUGUAAACUUGAGCAGGCUUUGCUAGCGGGUGAAAGAGCUCUCUUCGUGGAAAGUCACCGGAAUUGUUUUCGUUGGAUUGAUGAAUGGUUUGGGAUGACAAUGGAACAACUAAGUGAACUUGAAGCACAACAAGGUGAUUGCUUACUAAAUCAGAAAAUUGGCAAGCCGAUUUUGCUGACAGACACUGAGGAUUGCGAGUCAAGCUUUCCCGAUAACAGCUAAACUCAUUUACAGCAAGUGGUAAAGACAUGACUUUGAAGCAGAUACCGUGUUCUUUUGUUGAGAGAUACAUGAAAGGAUUAAAGAACAACCAUAUACAGAAACCCAAAACCGGGGUUCUUACAUUUUUUUUCCAAAGUUUUACAUUAGAUUUUGUGGAAAUAUGUGCCAUUCAUAUUUUUUUCUUAUUAUAAGAAAUUAUACUAAUUUUAAUUAUUAUUUAUCA